UCCUAUGCGGGACGGCGGCGGCGCUGCUACCGGUCGUAAGCUGCGGUAGCAGCAGCCCGAAGAUGGCUGAGUCCCCGGAGGAGGUGGCCGUGCUCGUGCAGCGGGUAGUGAAGGACAUAAACAGCGCUUUCAAGCGCAACCCUCACAUAGAUGAAAUUGGAUUAAUCCCUUGCCCUGAAGCCAGAUAUAAUCGAAGCCCGAUAGUUCUGGUUGAAAACAAACUUGGAGUGGAAAGCUGGUGUGUCAAAUUUCUUUUGCCAUAUGUCCAUAACAAGCUCCUUCACUACAAACAAAGAAAGCAAUGGCUCAACAAAGAAGAGUUGAUAGAUAUCACCUGUACUUUACUGUUGCUGAACCCAGAUUUCACCACUGCAUGGAAUGUAAGGAAAGAAUUGAUAUUGUCUGGCACUUUAAACCCAAUUAAAGACUUACAUCUUGGAAAAUUGGCACUAACCAAGUUUCCAAAAAGUCCAGAAACAUGGAUUCAUAGACGAUGGGUACUGCAACAUGUAAUCCAGGAAAACUCCUUGCCCACUCUUGUGACUAAAGGGAACUUAGAAGCAUUACCCACAGAAAAAACACAGCAGCUGGUGAAAGAAGAAAUGGAUGUUUGCUGUGAUGCUGCUGGACGAUAUCCAAGUAAUUAUAAUGCCUGGUCCCAUCGUAUCUGGGUGUUACAGAACGUGGCAAAGCUUAAUACAAAGAUUCUUCUUGAUGAACUUUCUUCCACUAAACACUGGGUUUCCAUGCAUGUUUCAGACCAUAGUGGAUUCCACUACCGUCAGUUUUUAUUAAAAUCUUUGAUUGUCAAAACUGGGACUGAUUGUACUAUAAAGAUAUAUGAUCACCCAACCAAUCAGCAAACAUCCAAUUUUCCAAAAGAUGAAGGAGAUGAUGAUGCAGAAGCUUUCUGCAUGGAAAAGCAACAGCCAGAUCACCCACUAUAUCUGAAAGAGGAAAUAGAGCUCUGCACUGAUUUAAUUAAUACUUACCCAGGGCAUGAAACGUUAUGGUGUCACAGACGUCAUGUGUUCUACCUUCAACACCGCUUAAAGAAGAAAUGUCCACUUCCAAGCAUCUGGUCAUCCACUUCAAACAGUAGUGAUGGGACAGUUAAUAAUUCACAUCCUAAUGUUACAGCUGGUCAUACAACACAAGCCAUGGAUGUUGACAGCUUAACUGAAUGCAACAAACAAAGCUACAGUCAAGAAACCAAACGCCUGAAACGUGCUCCUGUGCAGGACUAUAUCAACAUGGAAGAAGAAUACAAGUUCAUUGAUCACAUUUUGUCAACAUGUAGGGAGGCGGACCAGGCAAGGUUUGCAGGUUCAUACAAAAAAUGGCUAGUUUCUUUUCUAGGUCAGUGAAGUUCUUUUAGAACUCUUUAGGGUCUUUGUUUAGUGCAAUAUCUUAUUUUCAGACAGGUGUACUUAUGGCCCCUGGCACUUUUCACCCCUUUGUUGUUCCUGUCAGUGCUAAACUUCAUAUGCUGAUGUUGGGUUUAGUUUCAUUUAUAUUUUUAAAAGCAGCCUUGUGUUAAUUUUUAUGGAUCUUUGUAGGAUAACCCCAUAUAAAAAAGAAUUGUUUAAUGUUAAUAUAAAUUAAAUGCAAAUUUGAAAGUAAUAAUAUAACUGGAGUAAUAGGAAAACAGAAAGGUAGAGAGAAGAAAUGAAAAAUUUCAUUUCUAAAUACCUCGUCCAUAAUAAAUGCACCUAAGUCAUUGGUCAGUGAAAACAGUGGAAAAUCAUUCAGCAUGGCAGUGUUAGAAUGGUUUUGAGUACAAGUCUUCAUUUUAUAAUUGCAUUGCAUCACUGCUCUUCUGACCUCUUUUCAUUUCACAUUUGAAUUGUUCCAAUAAUCUUACAGUCCUAUGACUUUUUUAUUAUAGUGAAAGUGGGAUAUAGCUUUGUGAAAUUGGAUAGUAAUAUAAAAAAGGUCUACUAAACUAAAACUAAUCUCUCCAAAUAAGAACAGUGGUGUUUAGGGGUUUCUCUGGCUUUCAUGAAUUUGGAGGUUGGAAGAUACGGAAGUACAAGAAGAUGACCAAGGAACAAAACUAUCUAAGCUUAUUCCUCCCUGUUAUUUUCUUGGCACAUGCAUAUUCUCCAUUUCCCAAACAUAUGAAACUUUUCACACCUGGACUUUUAUUGUAUGUGAUGAUGUAUAUGAUAGGUAUAGGGUGUAAUAGACAAUGCUGACCGUAUGUGUUAUCUUUGUAAAGAUGCUUCACUUAAUGCACAGUCUACCAUGCACUGGGACUGAUUCAUCUUCCAUUUAUUGCAAUAGGACCAUAUAUUGUUCCUUUGCAAGACCCACUUAAAUCACUUGAGGAAGUGCAAUGCACCACAAAAAAGAUUUGCUUCAUUUGUUUCAGUUUUCUUCAGGUUAUCCAUGUAAAUGCACACAGGAGAGAAGAACAUGGGGAUGCAAGAAAAAGAAGGUUGUUCAUGAUGGGGAGAUAAUUCCUUCUGUGCUUGAGCUGGACUGAUUUUAUGAAGGCUUUCAAAGAAACUAGUGAAAUAUGACUUGAAAUCCAUUUUUGCUUUCUUUUUUUAUUUUUAAGCUGAAAUUCAAGUUAGAUUUGCUGCAGUCACAUAGAGGCAACUGUAGUUAUUUAAUUUGGUUGCCCUUCCAUUAUAGAUGUAAGGUCAAAUUCUAUCUUUCAGUUUGCAUUUGUACCUCCCAGGGAAAGCACUUGGGAUUUUAUAUGCAAUAAAACCAAAUUCCAAGUCUGGAAUUCAAUUGCAGAGUAUUCCUGUAUUUUAACCUUUGCUUAUAGCUUGCAAAAUUCAGGGGAUAUGUUUCCAGGGUUUACAGGAACAUAACCGGAAUGACUGAAAGAAAGUAUAAUUUUAAGAUUCAGAGAAAUAAGGAUGAACAGUGCCAUUAUAAAUGGAAGACCAAAUAAAAACCUGCCUUUUACAGCUGUGACUGCAUAGUAUAAGAGACCUGUUGCAAGCAAACUGGAAGUUAGAUAAAUGAGCAUGGUUCAUAGCAAAAGUCUCUUCUGAAAUGUGAGGUUGUCUAGAAACACAAAUUGGAACAACUAUUUUAAAAUGACAGGUAUCUAUAAAAGCUAUACAAGAUCUUUACUUAGAAUAUAGAUAAAAACUUGUGAAGUUGUAUUAAUUGAGAAUCCAUUUUGUGAACACUAAUUUCAUUGGUUCCUUUGAAGUCUCAGAAUGGAAAUAAAAUGCACACAAGAGUCACAUUUAUUUAACUAUGCCUCUGGGCGCUAGUGAUUAUUACCAUACAUUAAAGGCACCUAGCACAACUCUGCAGUACUAAGUAGCAAUAUAUUAAGCAUUUAGCAUGUCAGAAGUCAAAAUACUCAGACCUAAUGACUGAACCAGGACACUACUGAGUAAACACCUAAUCACCUUAUCCAAUACCAAGUGUUUCUUCAUAAAAUCUGUUAAAUUUGUUAAUACAAGCACAGCAUAAGGAUCAAGCAGUAAAGUUCAUGGGUAUUCUUAAGGAUCCAGGAAGUAUUACAAUGCAAUCCUAAUUCGAAAAUGUGCUGAUUGGAGGCUCUGAGAAUGAGGCACAAAGUGCCUCCACGGGGGGUUGCAUUAAUUUAUUUUAUUCAUUCUACAUCUCAAGUUUUGUUCCUCUGCAAGCAAACCAGCAAACUCCAAACAACUAAUCUAAGUCUUCCUCUUACAUACAUUUAAAGGUUGCCACUUCUCCCCCC